CUACUUGAAGCAUGCUCUUCUGACGACCUUUACCAGUAGAUCUACAAAAUGAAGGUAGCUGUGUUACUAGUGUUCUGGUGCCUGUGUAGCGACUGUCAAGGCAGUGGUGAUGUAGUGAUCACUAUAGUCACUCCUGAUAGCCCGUGGCACACUCAACAAGCUGUCAGGAAACAAGAGCAAUGGUCCAAGCAUGGAGCCACUGUUAUCCUCUCUACACAGCUCUCCACUGAGGGGGCUCCUUGGACCCUGACACCACUGCUAGCACCACUAGCCGAGGGCUAUGGCAGUGCCUUGUGGUUUGUCCUUGUCACUGAAUGGACACUAGUGAAUGUGGACCAACUAGACACAGCACUCUCAACCUACGAUCCUCACAAAGAGUGGUAUAUUGGUCACAGUGUAGAGGACAGUGAGCCUGUUAUUGUGCACCACUUCAACACACCUCACAGUCUAGCCUUUCCCCUACUCCACUCUGGCAUUAUCCUGUCAGCCCCAGCCCUCAAGAGGAUGGCUACACUAUCGGGCAGUUUCAAUCCAUCCUUCAACAUUGACCCAGUAUUUGAGUUCUCCUUGUUCCUCAAGUAUCUGCACACUCCAGUGUAUAAAGAGCUGCAUCCCAGCCCCUCCCCCCCUCACCCUGAUGGCCUCCUCCUGACACACCUCCCUGCACUCUGUACCACACCUCUCACUCCACACUGUGCCACUGGAGUCAGUCUGCAACAAAACUGUAGUGGUAGGCUGAAUGUGGAGAGUGUGUUCUUCGCUGUCAAGACUUGCGGAAAGUUCCACAAGACACGCUUGCCUGUUGUGUGGGACACGUGGGCAGCCGGCCUGCCUGAGUCAUGCAUCGGUUACUAUAGCGACUUCGCUGAUGAGCGGUUCAAGACAACCAGCUUAGGAAUUCCAAACACUGAGAAAGGUCACUGUGGGAAAAUGGCAGCCAUUUUACAGCUGUUUGAACGUGAGCAGAUGACUCAUGAUUGGCUUGUAGUGGCGGAUGAUGACACUCUACUAAGUGUGGAUCGUCUGUUGGAGGUGUUGCGUUGCUAUGACUCCAGCCGGCCUGUCCUCAUGGGAGACCUGUAUGGGUACACAGCUCAUAGAGUGGGCGGCAGCAGCUUUGUGUCUGGAGGGGGAAGUAUGGUACUAAGCUCUGUGGCUGUGAGAAGUUUUGUGUCGACAGGUCAAAGGUGUCCUACCAGGGACUAUGCUGAUGAUAUGCUCCUUGGUAUGGCUGCUAAAUCACUAGGUUGGGACGUAGUCCAAUCUCCCUUCUUCCAUCAGGACCAGCCAAGGUCCUACCCUCAAGCUGUAAUAGAGGCUCAGAAAGCUGUCUCAUUUCAUAGACACAGCCCCAUGGACCCAGCAACAGUCUAUUCUCAAUACCUCAGCACUGAACAUGAAACACUCAGAGAUAAGAAAACUGAACUUUAAUUGAUGUGCUCAAGAAAUAACAACGGCCUGUUAUUCAAAUUGCCUAUAAUUAUAUUCCCCAGUCUCAUGCAGUACAGUGUAAACCUAACCCCUAUAUAAUUAUAAAAGAGAAUUUAAUGACCAGGGAGCUACAUUUAAGCUGAGAGAGGACCUUACAUAACAACAUUGCUGUAGGAUCAGAGACAACAUGUGUCUCUAGCUGAUAACUAAGUGCCCACAGUCUCCCCCCUCUACUCUUGUGGUGACAUCCCUUACAACUAUCUAAUUAGUAGCCACCAUUAUUAUUGGAACAAAUUCGUGAAGAAUGCUCUAGAAUACUCUCUGACGUAAUACUUUCUCUGAAUCUGAUUGGUGGAUCAAGAUAGAAUAUAAGGCCAGACCUCGUGGCAGGUGGGCCAUUUUUGCAAACUGGAUGACUAAGGCAAGUAUAGUAAGUGUUGUGCAGUGUGUGUGCUACUCUUGUGACUAUUCUAUCUCUCUCUCUCUCUCUCUUCAUGUGCAACGGAGGAAGUACCACCAUACAAUGGACCAACCAACCACUCCAUCAUCCUGCCACUUGAACAGAAGGAGACCUCCACUGAGUGCUACCUAUUCCAGUGGGUUAGCACAGCACAGAACAGAACAUUCCAAUGGUUCAGUAGCAGCAGCGGUUGGUUCAUAAAUUUUAGUGUAUCUAUUAUUGUCAUUCUAAUAGGACAAGAAGGAUGGAUGGAUGGACACAGCAACUGGAGACCCUACCCAUGCAGCUACACCCAAACAAACUGACCCCGGCCGGCCCUGAUCAUCCAGCAACUGACAGCCUCCUAGACCUCGCCCAUACAGACUGAUCAUCCAGCAACUGACAGCCUCCUAGACCUCGCCCAUACAGACUGAUCAUCCAGCAACUGACAGCCUCCUAGACCCCGCCCAUACAGACUGAAGGACUUAUCAGUGCCUAAUUAACUAGCAUUGCAUAAUUGUUAUUCGUACAAAAUAGACAACAUUAUUUUUUAUUAGUGUAUAUAGACUAAUAUAGAGUCUGCAAUUAUCUUAUUGACAUUGGUUUACUACAUGUAACAAAGUUAUCUCACAUGAUAUGGAGUGUGAA